AUGUAUGAGUUUGAGUAUGGGAUUAAUUCAACCUUAGUAGCAUCUCCAGGUUCACCUAAAACAAACAUAACACUUAAUAGUGAGUUUGACGGGAUACUGUUAGACUACUCACGGCAACAUGCCACGCCUGAAACCUUGGAAAUUGGCAAAGGUGGGGCUGCAUCCCUCAAUGAAAAGAUUAACCGAAUGUUUGGUGGAGAGCAUAUAAACAGCACAGAAAAUAGAUCAGUGCUUCAUGUAGCUCUUCAUGCUCCAAGGGAUGCAGUUAUACAGAGUGAUGGGAAAAAUGUGGUCCUAGAUGUUGGUGCCACAGGAAAAGCCCUGAAGGAUGGCAUUGCUGUUGGUAUCGGUGGCAGCUUCUUAGGUCCUAAACAUGUUUAG